AUGCCAGCGAGUGAGGACGACAGCCUGGACUUUGACAUCACAAUUUCUGGUUCCAGGUGAGAAAAUUAAUUUUCGAUUUCAGUUUUUUUGUACGGAACCUGGACACAGAGUCAGUACAAAACAGAUAACGGCGCUAGAGAAAAGCGAGAUCGCUCACGGUACAUUGACAACCUCGCAAAUGAACCGCGUUGUCGCCGCACUGGACUCGCAUUUUUCACGCAAUCAUAAACAUUUUAAAAGUUACAUAAACGCGAUAUUGCGCUGAGCUUAGUCACAUAAACACGAUAUCGCGCUACAAAGCAGCAUUUUUGCGUCAAGGAAGUUCUCUUGCCUGAGAAGUGAACCUAUGUUUUCUACAAUAAGAAUUCAUUUGUGAAUUCUUGAGUUUAGUUUAUAAAAAAUGGAGAUUUAGAUGAUCGCAAAACUCUCGAAAUUUUCAAAAAAGAAAAAAAAUGAUAUUUAUAUCGACUUGAAAUCCUAUGUUUACUGGAUAAAACAUCCUUCACCAGGAAAAAAAAUAUUUUCAAAGCUAUUUUCAGGCCUUCCCUGUCAGAUCCACUGACGCCACCACCAACAAUACGAAAAUCGCUGGCGGCGCGGCUUCAGAACCGGUUUUUUUUUGAUUAUAUUUCAAUUCGAAAAAUGGGAACAACCUUUCAGAUUGGCGUUCUGUGCGUUAUGCGUAUUCGUCCUGUGCCUUGUCGUCUCCAUCGUCUUGCUCUUCGCCAACAUGCACAAAAUUUGA